AUGGCCAGGCUCGGGGGCAGCACGCUUGGGGCCUGCAGGGAGCCGCCCGCGAUCCCAGUCUCCACCGCGGCGCGGCGAAGCCCCGCACCCCGCUGCGCCAGCGACGCAUGCCCGCGCGUCGCGGUGCCUGCCGUCCCCCCGAGGGAAGGAUCGCUCGUCCACGGAUCCGGGCGGCCGGCGAGGUGGACGGCGAGAUUGGAUCCGGAGUCGCGGCGCGAGUGCGCGGCGUUCGGAGGGAGAAAUGUGCUCGAGCGGCAUGACGAUGACGAUGAAAUGGAAUCCGGCUCUCUGUCUGAGGAAGAAGAGAACUGCAUGUUCAGCUCUGCCAACAAUAGCCUGGAGGAAGAGAGUGAGGGGGAGAUUGGCGAUGAUCGGAGCGAAACAGAGGAAGACAGCGAUCAAAACCAAGAUUCAGAGCAGCUAAUGCGAGAGGCACACCAGCUCGCGACACGCUUGUCGCAGGCGCAUGACUGCGUUAGGGUGCUGGACAUCAUCUCCAUAUGGCCCAAGAAGGAGCACGAGGGCGGCACCUUGUCCAGCGCAGAGCUGACAGUGACGAUGAAUCGGCUGCGGGCUUUGGUAAAGACUUGCGCAGCAGAAUGGGAAAAGGUCUCCAGCCACCCCGGAAUGGCAGUCAUUGAGACUUCGUUCGUGGCCCACAGACAGGAAAUACAGCUGCAGACGUUGACGGGCAUGCUGACCAUCAUCAGUUCCAUGAAGGGUAGGACUCCUGGGAUGGUGAAGGCAGCAUUUGCACAGCUGGUGGAUCUCAGUCCUCAGCUGCAAACUGCAAGCAAGGGCACCAUCGCCAGCUUGUGCGCAUCUCUGGCAACCAUUCAUGAUACACCCCCUGUGUCCGUCGUCAGAAGAAUCCAUGAAAAGGUUGCCCGUGACAUUGGCGAGUAUGACCCUGUUACAGUAGCCUCCGUCCUUCGCCGACUGGCCUUCAUCCGGCCACUGCCCCCUGAGGCUGCAGUUGCUGUCUUCUGGGAUAGGGCCCUCCAAAGUGUGCCACAGCUGGCCAUGGGGGGCAUCAAGACUAUCCUUGUGCCCUUUGUGUAUUUCAGGCCACCACCGCCGGUGAGGUUGCAGGACUGCAUGUACGAGAAAUGCAUGGAGCUGAUGCCAGAGCUGGACGCCACCAGCAUCGGGCGGUUGCUGGUUUGGAUGUUCAGGCUGCAGUAUCCAAUUCCCAGGGAUUUUUGGGAGGUGAUCGAGCCUGCCAUCGUGAGUGUCGUGCAAGUAGAAACAACAGACAGGGACGUCCAGCAGGUGAUUGAGGGCUAUAGUGGCCUUGGAGGUGCCAACCCCAGAGUGCUGCAUGUGCUGCUGAACAAGAUUCUGCCUCGAGCGAGCUCCCUGCAACCAAGGGGGCUGGCAGGAACACUGAGGGCACUUGCAACACUCGAGUACAAAGAUGGAGCUGCCCUGGAAGCACUGGCAGACAGGGUUGUUGAACUAACGCCCAGGCUCACCAUGAAGACCAUAUCUGCCAUCGCUUGGUCUCUGUCAUCGUUAAAAUCUGGACAUGAUGUGUUGAAGGAAUUGGCCUUGGCAGUCGCCAAAAUGGACACGGCGAUGCCAGCAGAAGUUGCCAAACUGGUGUGCUCUCUUGGUCGCUUGGGCGUCCGAGUUGCACCCCUGAUGAAUAAGUUGUGCUAUUUCUUGGAUGAGCAGUCCCUCAAGGACAUGGAUGCCAUGAGCAUCGCAUACCUGUCAAAUGCAGUCUCCAAGCUCAGACAUCGUGACGAUGAACUCGUGUCAAGAAUUGCUGGAGCAGUUGAGUGGCGCUAUGAUCGCCUCAACUUCGAACAGGCGAUGACAGUGACGAAGUGCUGUGCACUGGCGGCGCCAAGGAAGAAUCUCUUGCAAAAGCAGUUUGAUGACAGAGUGGAGCACGAGCUCCGCACUGCCGACGCUUCUGUGAUGGUGCAGAUUCUUGAGUUGUAUGGCGUACUGAAGAGAAGGCAAGGCAAUGAAAAGGUGGACAUGGUGGUUCAGCACAUUAGCGGGAGUGUGGACAAGCUGAAGUUGGAGGAGCUGGCAAGGGUGAUGCGGUGGACAGGCAAGAUGAACCUCCAGGAUGAAGGCCUGCUGGCUGCACUUACGACUGCUGUGAGUGUGAGCUACACAUCUAUGUCAGCAGAGCAGCUGUCAUGGGUGAUGUGGGGCUUCUGCAAGGUGGGACAUCCAAUCGAGGAAGAGCUGUUCGAUGCCCUUUCUCGUCAGAUAUCAGCAAAUGUGGAGUCUCUGCACCUCCACGACCUGUGUCGUUUCCUGUAUGCAUGCGCCCGAUCACAACGCUGCGACCCAGACGUGCUCAGUCGAGUGGCGGACCGCAUAAGCACCAGCCAAGCAAGUGACCUUGGGUUCCCAGGCAUAUCAAUUCUGCUGUGGUCGUUUGGGAAACUGGAUCUUAAGCAUGCAGGGGUUCUCAGGUGGGCUGAUGAUCAGCUGCCCAGCAUUAUUGGGGCUGCACAGCCCCAAGCUUAUGCCAACAUCUUCUGGGCGUUCCGCAGGCUAGACCACAGGCCGUCUGCGAGCUUCAUCAGGGCCGCUGUGAAGGGCGUUGGAAGGACCAUGGACAUGUUCAAGCCUUAUGAGAUCAGUACUGUGCUUUAUGGACUGGUCCACUGGGAUGUGGAGCUCGGCGACCAGUGGAUGGCGUCCACAAUUAGCUACAUGGAAGAGCACAUUGAAGAUUUUGAUGGCAACGCCUUGUGCAACAUGUUGUGGGCUAUGACAAGGAGGGGCUGCAAGCCGGGCAAAUCAGUCAUUGCCCGUGCCUGUUACCAAGUCAUGAACGACAUCCACAGACUGGACUACUACCAGCUGGGCAACUUCCUGUGGGCCUGUGGGCGUGCAGGUUUCAAACCCACCCCUCUCCUGGAAGAGGUGGCGACCAGGGUGGCAAGGAUAGCACAUCGACUGGAGCCCAGGGCACUUUCGUCGGUGGUUUGGGGCUUUGCGGUUUGUCAGUUCCUGUCCAACGACAUGCUGCAGGCGGUGAAGGUGGCAUCAAUUGACAGGUUCCAGGAAUUCUCUGCAUUUCAGCUCUCAGGUCUCCUCUGGGGUAUGUCCACUCUUGGAUGGAAAGGAAGGAAAUUCUAUGCCAAUGCUGCCAGACGAGCUGCAGAUUGCAUCGACGACAUGACAACGGUCGACUUGUUCACAACGGUCUGGGCUUUUGCCAGAUCUGGCCGACCUGCCAACCAAUUUCUUCUGUUGGCUUAUGAUCGCCUCUCCCAAGAAAUGAACAAACUGAGGGCUCACCAGAUUGUCUCACUCGCUUGGGCUAUUGGCAAGAUAGGACGAUGCAAUAACGAUGUGAUGGAGGCCCUUGCAGUGGCUGCUGAAGAGAAAAUGGCAGAACUGGAUGUCAAGGGAAUAUCCACCCUGCUGUGGUCGUUCGCCACUGUGUCUUACGACCCCGGUGCCACCUUUGACAAGCUUGUUGCAGUCAUAGGAUCCCCGGGGCGGGAGACGUUCCCCAAUUGGCUGUCACUCACCCACACUGUGUGGUCCUGUGCACGGCUACUGCACCCUAUUCCACAAUAUGUAGAGGUGGCUGGCUUGCAGCUGCUGGAGAAGCACAAGGAUGCUGUGCAAUGGAAGGGAGGGAUGAGUACUCAGGGGCCAGUGGAUGGGCGCCACCUCAUGCUGUGCCUGUGGGCCAUGAGUGUUUUUGGGGACCACAGCUCAGAGUUUGUGCAAGGCCUGGCAGAUCGUGUUAACAAGGUCGAUGUGCUGGAGACUAUGCAAGAUGAACAGAAACAGCAGCUUGCCCAGUGCCUGCUGGUGGCAGCAGCAGAUGGCAAGGUGUCGCCCCUGGAGUGCCUGCCCAAGCACUACAAGGCAGAGGCCAUGGCGAGCUGGAGGGGCGUCGUGAAAUGGAACUCGGAGCGUGAGCUGUCCACCUUUCACAGGAACGUCACAUCCACGCUGCACCAGUUGGGGGUGAAAUAUGAGGACAAGCACGUUUCAGACGACCUGUGUGUUUGCCUAGACAUUUUUGCGCACCUCCCAGAAGGGUCCCCUGAGAGCGAAGAGUUCAAAGGGGUAGCUAUCGAGCUCUAUGGCCCCCAGCACCUUUCCUCCAACCUGUAUAAGCCAGUUGGCAAGGUCGUCCUGCGACAGAAGAUGAUACAGGACCGCGGCUACCGGCUGGUGCCUCUGCUGUACACCGAGUGGAUGGACCUGCAGUCGCAAGGCGGCGUGUCCAGCAUGAAGGAGUCCUACGUGGGAGGAAAGCUCUUCAAUGCGGGCGUUCUGGAGAGGAAUCUGUUCAGCCUGCCCUCAGACGCAGCCCAGUCGUCGCAAAACGGGGACAGCGAGCGGGGCACCAGGGAGCUGGUGGGGCUGCGCUUGCACGAGCAAGGGCCAGAAAGCGAGGCAGUCAGCGGCAGCGACAUGGGGGGAGAGGCGAUGGAUGAAGUGUUUUCCGGGUUGGAGUACACAUGA